CAGCCUAGCCCGGGACAGUCCCCUUCGGCCCCUUCUCUAUGCCGCACAGCCUGUUUAGAAAGGCUGCUCCGGCGGCUGAGCUUGGCGCUGUCCUGAGAGAGAGGGCUCGGUGUGGAAGAGAUGAACCGGACAAAAGGUGAUGAGGAAGAAUAUUGGAACAGCUCCAAGUUCAAGGCUUUCACUUUUGAUGAUGAAGAUGAUGAGCUCUCACAGUUAAAGGAAUCCAAACGGGCAGUGAACAGCCUUCGAGACUUCGUGGAUGAUGACGAUGAAGAUGACCUGGAACGAGUCAGCUGGACUGGAGAGCCUGUGGGAAGUAUCUCAUGGUCCAUCAAAGAGACUGCUGGGAAUAGCGGGUCAACCCCUGAGGGACGUGAACAGAUAAAGGGCCGAAGCAGCUUCUACACACAACUGCCCAAACCUGCUUCCACCUACUCCCUGAGCAGCUUCUUUAGAGGUAGAACUAGACCGGGCAGUUUCCAGUCCCUUUCUGAUGCUCUGUCAGACACACCUGCCAAAAGUUAUGCUCCAGAGAUAGGGAGACCUAAGGGAGAAUACAGGGAUUACAGCAAUGACUGGAGCCCCAGUGAUACGGUGCGACGCCUCCGCAGGGGCAAGGUCUGCUCACUAGAGCGAUUCCGCUCCUUGCAAGACAAGCUGCAACUCCUAGAGGAGGCAGUAAGCAUGCAUGACGGAAACGUCAUCACUGCAGUUCUGAUCUUCCUGAAGAGGACCCUGAGCAAAGAAAUCCUUUUCCGAGAGCUGGAGGUACGCCAGGUCGCCCUGAGACAUCUCAUUCAUUUCCUUAAAGAAAUAGGAGACCAAAAGCUGCUUUUAGAUCUCUUCAGGUUCCUGGAUAGAACAGAAGAGCUGGCGCUAUCCCAUUAUCGAGAGCAUUUGAACAUUCAGGACCCUGAAAAACGAAAAGAAUUUCUUAAGACUUGCAUAGGUUUGCCAUUUUCAGCAGAAGAUUCUGCACACGUCCAAGACCAUUACACGCUCCUGGAACGCCAGAUCAUCAUUGAGGCAAAUGACCGACAUCUAGAGUCUGCAGGGCAGACUGAGAUCUUCCGAAAGCACCCCCGUAAAGCUUCCAUCCUCAACAUGCCGCUAGUCACGACACUCUUCUACGCCUGCUUCUAUCACUACACGGAGUCCGAGGGGACCUUCAGCAGUCCCGUCAACCUGAAGAAGACAUUCAAGAUCCCAGACAAACAGUAUGUGCUGACAGCCUUGGCUGCUCGUGCCAAGCUUCGAGCCUGGAAUGAUGUCGAUGCCCUCUUCACCACAAAGAACUGGCUGGGUUACACCAAGAAGAGAGCACCCAUUGGCUUCCAUCGAGUUGUGGAGAUUUUGCACAAGAACAGUGCCCCUGUUCAGAUACUGCAGGAAUAUGUCAAUCUGGUGGAAGAUGUGGACACAAAGUUGAACUUAGCCACUAAGUUCAAGUGCCAUGAUGUUGUCAUUGAUACCUGCCGAGACCUGAAGGAUCGUCAGCAGUUGCUUGCAUACAGGAGCAAAGUAGAUAAAGGAUCUGCUGAGGAAGAGAAAAUCGACAGCGUUCUUAGCAGCGUGCAAAUUCGAUGGAAGAACUAAACCCUGAAACCUGCCUCACUUCUUACUUUUCUGCCUAUGAAAACAGCUCUCUAUGAAAACAGAGAGUCACAGCAUUCUGCCACUUUGAGCCUGUCAUUCACAGGUGGUGUCUGCUGGUUUAGGGACAGAAACUAGCAUCUGAGCACAUAUAUCUUCAGACUGACAUGUCCAAGGGACAUUAUCUCAAGGCCAGUAGUAAGGCUCCGCCUCACAAGGAAGAUGUUCUGCACCUGGUGCUCGCACAUAGGUGGGAGCCCAUCCUGGGUAAGAGAAAGUGACUGCUUCAGAGGGACAUCUGGACUAAGAGCUAGAGGUGUCUCAGGAUGGUUGUGACAUUCCUGUGUCAUUUCAUUCCUCUCAGCUGUUGUGACACAGAACCUGGUGUUGGAUAUCACGUUUCUGCUCUAAAGGACAUCAGGACAGAAUGAAACUGACUCUUCAGGACCUCAGGAAUGGAUACCUGUAUUGCUCAGGACAUGCUGGAAACCAGACUCAAAUUCUCAAGGCACGGGGCCACACAUUUAUGACAGGCACUUCCUAGACAUUGUGUAUCUCCAGGCAGUACCCAGCUGUUGUCCCUGUCAACUUUCUGUUCAUGACUUGGUCCCUCUCUCACCUGCACACUGUCCAGGUGGCCAGCCAUCUGCUUCAGCUUGUCCUCUGCUUCUGUCUCAGAUUCAGUCUUAAACGGAACUCAGAUUCACCAGUGCUGGACCACUCUUCUUUUGGGCCAAAAUCAUUUCACCAGAAGCAGCCACAAGUCUGACCUGAGCUGAUAUGGCAGCACUUCCACUCAGAUAUCUUCACAUAGGUCCCACUCCCCACCUGGCCUGCUGGGGACAGCAGCACUGUUCCAUUCCGCCCUGUGCCUCCCUGAACUGGAUCUUCCCGAUAUGCCUAAACUCCUAAUAAAACUGUUGCGCUCUUGGGG